AUGAAGGAUUUCUUAGGGGCUGCCGGAGAAUGGGUAGCGGGUGGCACGCGAGAAUUAAUAAAAAGAAUGAGAAAGGCCGACAAAGUGGACGCUAAAUUAGCAGCCAGUGUAAUUCCUCCACAUGUGCGGUUGCAAAGGCUCGUAAACUUGAGCCCACCCUAUCUAAAGGUGGGCUUUCGUAGGAAUGUGGGGUGGCAUUGGAUGAAGUUGCUACCCAAGAAACAAGCACCCCUUGUGGGGGACCUAAAGUUCCUUUCACUGGAUUCGCUGUUAUCACAUGGGCUUGGUAGCUAUUUAUUCGUGAUUCGGCUCCAAGACGGAAUAGUUUAUGCAGCUCUUACAAAUUAUACUACACCUGGAUAA